UUUUGCCGCUUCUCCCUCGCUCACUCCCUCUUUACCCCUCACAACACUCACUUCCUGACAACUACUGCCAAAGGACUAGCAGACGCAGCACAUCCCAAGUUUCCAUUACUCGGCAGGGGCCUAGAAGAAGAAAGAGAGAGAGGAGGAAAAGAAAAAAAAACUCAAACUUCAGCCCAGGUGUUAUGACAAUUUGGAGCUUGCAGCCUGUAGCUCCAGUAAUAUGGCCUCCAACAGGGAAUAAGAGGGGUUGCUGGUGGCCAGGUUUCGGGUGACAGAGGAGAAACAUCCAUAGAGCCGAGCCACUUUAUUGUUUUCUCCCGUUUUAGUUGACAGAAUUGUUCAAUCAGCCUCAACUUACAACACUAGAUUGGCUUGAGGUGGAUAAAAGUGAGGAAGUAGACGGAAGUCGACUCAGCUCUCAAAUUGUUGGUUGGUUGAGUGCAGUUGGAAAGGUGUUGUGUCGCUGGCCAGACUCGGCCCGGCCCGGCCCGGCCCGGCCCAACCUGGCUCAGUGCUGCAGUGCUGGGCAAUGACAGUGGUCUCUAAAGAUGUUGAGUCUGGAUGGAUUGGAGAUGAUCGCCGUGCUGGUGGUCAUGGGUCUUUUCAUCAAAGUCCUGGAGCAGUUUGGGAUGUUCGAGCCUGUCGGAGGGGAAGACAGCGUAGAAGAUGACUUUGAGUUAUCCACUGUGUGUCAUCGCCCUGAAAGCAUGGACAAGCUGCAAGAGCAGACUAAGUUCACCAAGAAGGAGCUGCAAGUCCUCUACAGGGGCUUCAAAAAUGAGUGUCCAAGUGGUGCGGUGAAUGAGGAGAACUUUAAGACCAUUUACUCCCAGUUCUUUCCACAGGGAGAUUCAAGUAUGUAUGCACAUUUCCUGUUUGAAGCCUUCGACACAAACAAGAACGGCUCAGUUAGUUUUGAGGACUUUGUAUUUGGUCUGUCUAUCAUCCUGAGAGGGACUAUUAAUGACCGGUUAAACUGGGCGUUCAACCUCUAUGAUCUGAACAAAGAUGGCUGCAUCACCAAAGAGGAGAUGUUGGACAUCAUGAAGUCCAUCUAUGACAUGAUGGGGAAGUACACAUACCCCACUAUGCAGGACGAUGUUCCAAGAGAGCACGUGGAGAGCUUCUUCCAGAAAAUGGACCGGAAUAAAGACGGAGUGGUCACCAUAGAAGAGUUCAUCGAGUCAUGCAAAAAGGAUGAGAACAUCAUGCAGUCCAUGCAGCUGUUUGACAACGUCAUCUAAGGAUCUGGACCAGAGAGUAGUCUGGCACCGGGGAGGGCUGUGUGUGGUGUGUGUGUGUGUGUGUGUGUAUGCGUGUGCGUGUGUGUGCGUGUGUGUGUGUGUGUGUAUGCGUGUGUAUGCGUGUGCGUGUGUGUGUGUGUGUGUGGCCAUCUUCUGAGUUGCAGGCCUGUGCUUGUGUGUUGAGCUGUGUUGCGAAUCCCACUUGCAGCUGCGAGUCCUGAGGGCACCAAGAGGCCCUCUCACUCUUCCUGGACACCCAGUGACAUUUCUCCAAGCAACAGUGGAAUUUCCCACACUCCCUUUUUCAUCCUGCAGUACUUUAGUUUUACUCCAGAGGCACAGAGAAAAAGGCAAGCAGUGGGCUUACAGGCACUGGUACACGCACCUGUUUUAUUUGAACUUUUAUUUAUCACUUUUACUGAUAGAGGAACUAUUUCAACCUGUAAUGGCUGAACUCAGAGGGAGGAAGUAGCCUCCUUUUCCCUGUCAUGGCUGAGAUUUGGAUUUGUAAAUCUGAUCCUGCCUCUGUGCAUGAGGGUAACACUUCCCUGGAGCCGCAAGACUGCUCAUGCACUGGCUGACAAAAAUAGAAAUGAAUCUACUGCCACCUACUGGAUGAGAAAGAGAAAGACAUUUCCUGAGGAAACAACAAAUUGGUGAUCCAAGCUAUCCCUCGCUUUUCAGAUGGAGGUUCCAACAUGUUGUUUUCCAUGAGGAACUGAUUACAAUAUCGCAUGAUGAUGUCACUAAUAUCCAAUUAUGUAUUUACAGAGAUACUCCAAAGUCUGCUUGUCUGUCUGCUGUUCCUAGUCAUUCACAGGUGCCUCACCAUUUGUGUGCAUGUGUAACAGAAAGAUGUCAUCCAUCUUACCUGUGUGAGAAAACAACCACCUCCAUUCAUGGGGUUCUGGUAGAAUAAUUCUGAGCCUUCCAAACUAUUACAGUCCUAGCGGUAGGUGUCUAUUGAUAUUUUCUAGCAAGCCCAAUAGUGUGAUAUUAGGCAGUACAAUGUGGAGAUUGCUCUAAAAUUUACAAGCUGUUUUGACUAUCCCAGCGUCUCUCAACGCAGGACUGGCAUACCACAGUCGUACUAGUCUAUCAAUACACAUUAAAGAGGAAUUUAUUAGAUUGCAGAUUGUAUUUGUGAAUUUCUUGUAAUCGGAAAUGUCAUGCAAAACCCUUGUUGCAUUACUUUUGGCUCAUUCGAUUUCAAAGAGGCAGUGUGUGUGGGUGUGUGUUUGUAUGUGAGAGAGACAUGGUUUAAUGUUGUUUUUUUUUAGUGCCCCCCUCAUUCUGUAUUCUCCCUCUCUCUGUAACACCAAAGAGAAGAUAUACAUUAAAAAGGUAUAUAAAGCCACUCUAAGUAAAAACACAGCCCACCUGUGGGUGAAGAGAGAGGGAGAUGCUGUGUAGUAACUAGGCAAGGGGCAAUCAGAGAAAAAUGAUGUAAUUUGGUGUAAGUGUGGUCUUAGUUGUAAACCCACACAUUAUUGAAAUGACAUUUGAUGAAUUUGCAACCACUUAUUAGCUUUUUUCAGACAAGAACUAAUCUUAAAUAUAAGAUGGGGAAAGUAACCAAUACACUAAAGCUGUAAUUAAACAGACUAUGAUGUAUUUUAAAUGCAGACUGACAUGGAAUAGCAAUAAUGUUCUCUACCACGUAUCACUUUGCACUUAUCCAACCUCCCAAUCCUCUGAGCACAGUAUAAGGGUGCACUAAAGCUCUGAGAAAAUAUGCACUUCCAACCCUAGAAAUUUCCAUUAUGAUCUGCAUUGUUUAGACGUUUGUUUUAUUUUCUGGAGAAAAGUGGUUUGGCUCUGAUUGUUCCCUGCCAAUAGUUUUUAAACUUCCAUUCCUGAUUACAAGUAAAACCUGUCUAUACCCGCAUGUACUGUGUCUAGAACAAUGAAAACCUACUAACCUGUUGUACUGACUGUCUAGUUAGCUAGCCUCAACUGGUUGCAUUGCAUAUUUAAAAUAUGUAUAUUUUGUACAGAGACAAUAAAAAUCACAGUUACUAUGCAAAA